AUGCAUCUCUCCACAUUCUGCUCUCUUUUUGCUGUCGCUGGUAACUUAGCGCUUGCCAUCCCUGAACGUGAAAGAUCCUUGUUGGACCUGGUCAGCUCUGUUGAGUUGCACAAGAGAGACGACAGAAACGGAUACUUGUCUCUGUGGUUGCAGUCAAAGGCCUCACAAUACAACCAGGUCAGUUACGUUGAGCAAGAAGCGUCUCAAGUAUUGGCUUAUGAUUUGACGAAUGGAAAUGGCAAUGAUUAUACUGCUAACCAAAUCUACUAUCUGGUUUAUCUUUCAUGCUUGGGAGAGAAUUCCAUCGCCAUUACUGCUACUGGCUCAAACUUGAUUUCAUUGCAAGAACUGGUUUAUUUUAAAUGUACUAACUCGGCUCAAGCACUUGCAUGGGAUUACUACACCAAAAAUAAUGACAGUUCAAGCUACACUGAUAGUUACACAGAAGAUGUAAUGACAUCCACAAAGAAUGAAUCAAACAACGCAAUUACUUCAGCGUAUAGUAGUAGUUCUAGUACAAAUGCUAGCUCUACUUUUGAUUAUACACAUAGCUAUACCAGCCAUGAUUCCACCCUUACUACAAUGAGUGUUUCCUCAGGGGCUUCUUCUGAUACUUUAACUUUUUCUUCAGAAUUCGAAUCUUUAUCAUCAUCAUCAUCCUCCUCUUCAUCAUCAUCCUCCUCCUCCUCUUCAUCAUCCUCCUCCUCCUCUUCAUCAUCAUCCUCUUCAUCUACUUCAUCCUCCGCUUCAUCUACUUCAUCCUCCUCCUCUUCAUCCUCCUCAUCAUCUUCGCUGCCUAGUUCAGACGGUGUUGCUAUUCUUGCUAUUCCAGCUGGAUUUGCUUUAAUUGGCGGGAUGCUUGCUAUAAUCUAG